AUGGAAGAGACAAACAUCAGAGCCUCAGGCAAAAUGCUGAAUAAAGAUGAGACCAAACUGGCGGAUAGACUAGCCAAAACUGACUCACAGUUGUACAAAAUAAAAAGCCCCAUACAAUUGCCUAUCAAAUAUGCCCUACCAGCACGUAAACUUUUUGUUAAUGCUAUUGAUCUGACCAGAGAUAUCAGUGCUGGUUUUGAAGGAAAAACUAGAAAUAGUUCUGGAGAUAUCCCCCACAGCGAAAAGAAGACCUCAAAGGCAAAAGACGGAGAAUAUAAUGGAAGUGAGACAAACGUACUAGGGUCUGAUGAUGAGUACAUUGCAGAUGAUGAUUAUAUUCUCAAAGAUUCUUAUAAAAGCUGGAGCCCUUUGAGAAAGUACAAAUCACCAUUGGCUGAUUUGGGCUUAGGUGAUGAUGUGAAGAAGGUAGGUGCUUCAUCACAGUGGCUUCUUCGAAAGUCUGUGCAUCCUAUUAAGACAGCUGGAAAAGUAGUUGUGAAACCUCUUCCAAAACCAAAGGGUAAACUUAUUGACGGAAACAAAAGUAUCGAUGGCAUCUCCAAGAGCUUUGCUGGCUAUCUGGCAACUGCUAGUAUGUAUGCUGGAUUUCAAGACAUUGAAAAUGAAAGCAGAGAAAUGGAAACGAAUACAACGGAGCCAGAUGGCUCAUCUAUAGGAAACAGUGAAGCUUCUCCUAGUGUUCAAGGUGGGAACUCAGAAGAUGGAUGCAGUCAACACCAGUUACUAGACCAUGUCGCCUCUAAAAUAAAUGAAGUUGUUACCCUUAAGGAUAAUGAUUCGAAUAUCGAUCAAUUGGAAUCCAUUGUUUCGGAUGAUGGUAGUUCCGUAUGUUACUCGAAGUCUGACUCCACUAUUCCAAUACCCACAUUUAAAGACGAAACUAUAAGGGAGAAAGAACCCGUUAAGCCUCGUCGGAACCUGUCAGUUUUUGAACUUUCAGUUGUUAAGAGGGUAACUUAUGGUGCAGGCACUGAUGGGGAUGCAGACUUUCUGGUUAAACGGGCAGAGGCUAUCACUGAGAAGCUGAAGAAUGUCUUUGGCAUUAAUGAUAACGAAGAAUUUCUGGGCGACUAUCCGUGCUGGCUAAUGGGAGAUGUUUUAUUACAAGGUCACCUAUAUACCACCACUUACAAUAUCUUGUUUUUUGCAUUUUUGCCUAAAAAGAGAAAAGAUGCUGAAAUUAAAAGUGGUGCUCUCUCGAUAGCUUCCUUUCAUUCUCUAAGACUUCAUAGAAAGUGGGUAAUUAUCAGAGAGAAUACAUUUUCCAUUUAUUCAUCUCCAACCGAAUUGUACUUUCCAGAGCUAGUUAUUGACCUGAGAACCGCUCUGCGAGCAGAAGUAUAUGGGAACUCAAAAACUGGAGAUCCUUUAACUCCUGUAUGGAUCAGGAUUGUUACCGAAAAUAGAACACAUUGGUUCCAAGCUGAAAACCAUGAUGUGGCUAGGUCUUGGGUAACUACUUUGAAAAAACAAAUAUUCUCCUCUAGAAACAAAGGUGACCAGGUUGCCAUCAAAAUUCCCUUGCAAAAUUUAGUUGAUAUUGAGUUAACUUCAAUAGUAGGUGUAGCAAAGAACUUGAGAAUCAAGGUUAUUGAAAACAACGAAUCUUUUGCUAUUGACGAUUACUAUCUUAUGUUUUUUUCUGAUGGUGAGAGAGCAAUUAGAGAUAUCAAACAAGCCGUUGAGAAUGCAGGUGUACAAGUAUGCACGGAUAUUGACCAAGAAACUUUAGAUUAUUCAGAUCUUAUUAAAUCUAAAAUGGAAUUAUUAAAACAUUCUGCUUCUGCAGUGGAGUCUACUAACUUCAAACCUAAAAAGAGAAACGGGAUAUUAAAAGGCAUCAAGUCCGCUUUAUUAUCUUCAGAUGAAGAGAGUGAAGUGGAUACUGAUACUGACUAUGUUGAUGAUGAUGAUGCUAAUGAUGAUGAUGAUGACAACAACAACAACAACAACGAAGCAUCGAUUCUGGAACCAGAUUCAAGCGAUAACAUCACCAAAGUAGAAGGUCUUGGUAAACUAUCUAGAAGGUUUAUACCUUCGAGGUUCCAAAGUAGGGCUAAAUCCAACGACACUAAAUCUACUAUACAUCCGUUGCAAGAUGAAAGAAUGAAUAAUGAUAGCAAACUAGCUGAAUGGGGGGAUGAUGAUGAGGUCACAGAAAGAAAAUGGUCCCUGAAGUCAAUGGUUCAGAAUGUCACAUCAUUUGGACAUGGUCUAAUUUUUGCAGGACCACCCACGCAUUAUUUAGAAAGUGAAUUGGCCCUUGAAGGUGGAGAUACGUAUUUCCUGAACAACAAAAAAUCAAGAGAUCAAGCCCAAAAGAGAUUUAUCAAAAGGUUUUCUUUAAGUGGUACUGAAAAGUUGGUAUCUACUUAUCACCUAUAUUUAAUGAAAGGCUUACCAAGUUACGGAAAACUGUAUAUUGGUACUCAAAAUGUAUGCUUUAGAUCUACUGUUGUUGGUUCGAAUACUGUUAUGAUCCUUCCUUUUACCGACAUUGAAAACAUUCAUAAGGAAAGUGGAUUUAGGUUUGGUUAUUGUGGUUUGGUUAUUGUUAUCAGAGGGCAUGAAGAACUGUUUUUUGAAUUUUCAGCUAAUGAGUAUAGGGAUGACUGUGAACUUCAAUUACUAAAACAGCUUGACAUAUUUAAAAACUAUUCAAGUGGGACUGGAUCUCCCGAUUGCAGUUUUGAGUCAGAGAAUUCUUGUAUCAGCUCUGCAAAGCUUAAAAUGUUCGAGAAUAAGUUGAAUGAAGGAAUGGGUGUCAGUGUGCCAAUUAUUAUUGAGGAUCACCCAAUUGACAAGUUACAAUUGAAAUCGAUGAAAGUCUAUAGAUUUACGUUGUUGACUAUUGGUUCAAGAGGUGACGUUCAACCGUAUAUUGCUUUAGGGAAAUCUUUAUUAGAGGAAGGCCAUAAGGUCAAGAUUGUUACUCACGAAGAGUUUAAAGAUUGGAUUUUGAAUCAUGGUAUCGAAUUUGGUGCUAUUGCUGGCGAUCCUUCAGAACUAAUGGCACUGAUGGUUUCUAACCCAUCAAUCAAUUAUUCCUUUAUAAAAGAAGCCAGAUCUAAAUUCCGAGCAUGGAUUGACGAUUUAUUGCUUUCUUCAUGGAAUGCUUGCCAAGAUGCAGACGUUUUGAUUGAGUCGCCUUCAUCUAUAAGUGGAAUUCAUAUUGCAGAAAAGUUACAAAUCCCUUAUUUUAGAGCAUUUACAAUGCCAUGGACAAGAACGAGGGCUUACCCUCAUGCCUUCUUAGUUCCAGAUCAAAAGCUAGGUGGAUCCUAUAAUUAUAUGACACAUGUUGCUUUUGAAAAUGGUUAUUGGAGAGGUACAAGCUACCAGGUGAACAAGUGGAGGGUCAAAACUUUAGGCUUGCCAAAGACAAACUUGAAUGCCAUGCAUCAAAAUAGUGUUCCGUUUUUGUACAAUAUAUCUCCAGUGGUAUUUCCACCUUCUGUAGAUUUUCCGGAAUGGGUAAAGGUGACGGGCUAUUGGUUUCUUGAUGAAAAAACUGAUUAUACACCACCCGAAGCCCUCAUUGCUUUCAUUAAAAAAGCCAGAGAUGAUAACAAAAAGCUGGUGUAUAUUGGGUUUGGCUCAAUUGUUGUUGAGGAUCCAACAGAGCUGACGCGUGCAGUGGUAGAAGCUGUGCUGGCAAGUGAUGUUCGUUGUAUUUUAAACAAAGGCUGGUCAGAGAGACUGGGUUCCAAAAACAGUAAGGAGAUUGAAAUGGAGCUACCUCGUGAAAUCUAUAAUUCUGGUAAUAUUCCUCAUGAUUGGCUUUUUACCCAAAUUGAUGCGGCGGUUCAUCAUGGGGGUUCCGGUACUACUGGUGCAUCGUUGAGAUUUGGAUUACCCACUAUUGUUAAACCAUUUUUCGGAGACCAAAAGUUUUAUGCAGGAAGAGUGGAAGAUCUUGGCUGUGGUGUCUCCCUCAAAUCUCUGGAUAGCAAGGCUCUUUCUAAGGCUAUAAGAGAAGUCACUACGAAUAGUAGAAUCAUUGAUCGUGCCAAAGCUGUAGGAGAGUUGAUAAGGUCUGAAAACGGAGUCAAAACAGCAAUUGAUAACAUUUAUGUCUUAAUGGAAUAUGCUAAAAGGUUAAGUAUUGCAAAGCAUAAACAUGGGGAUGAUGUUGAUGACGAGAGGGAAGAUGAAAAUGUAGAAAUGGACGGUUCCUGGCUACUGGUCUAA